GGCGAGUCGGGGUACGGGGUCAGGGAGCUAGAGGGAUCAAGUGGGGGAUCGGUCCUCCUAGGGCCCCGCGCUCCGGAGCUCGGAGCUCCACUCUCCAGGCCCGGAGAGGAGCGGGAAGCGGGCGCCUCCUCCCCUAGGGCGGCGGGGAGGCCUGUCGACCUUGCAGCCGAGCCGAGGAAGAGGGAAGUGGCGUCCGCGGAAGCCAGAGCUGGGCGGAGUGCCCUUGAGAAGAUCCGCUCGUUGGUUUUAUACCAAACCUGACAAGGCCUCAGUUGUCCAAGGCCCCAGGAGGAUGUCACACAUAGGAGUAAAACUGUUCCUAGAGCAGAUGAUGAUGAGACAUCUAGAGGUGAAGGCACGCUUGUACCCCCACAUGGAGGCUUUAUGGGAAACUAAGGAGUCCGUGAAAGAGCGCUCCGGUGAGAGGAAGAAAUCCAGCCCACGAAUGGACAGUCUUGGUCCUGAGAGCGCUCACCAGCACUUCCGGAGCUUCUAUUACCAUGAAGCACCUGGGCCGCAUGAAGCUGUCAGCCAGCUUCAGGAAUUAUGCCACCAGUGGCUGAGGCCAGAGAUCCACUCGAAGGAGCAGAUCUUGGAACUGCUGGUGUUAGAGCAGUUCCUGACCAUUCUGCCCAGGAGCACCCAGAGCUGGGUGCAGAAGUAUCAUCCACAGAGCAUCAAGGAGGCUGUGGCCCUGGUAGAGCGCUUUCAGAGGGAACCUGGUGGAAUAAGUGAUGAGGUCACAGCCCAUGAUCGGGAAAAGGAGGCAGUGCCCUUGGGAGGAACAGCAGUGGCCCCAGGCCUUAAGUGGAAGCCCGCAGAGCCCCAACCAAUGGGUGUGUUCCAGAAAGAAUGUUGGAAUACAUACCGGGUACUACAGGAACAGCUGGGCUGGAAUACUCACGAAGAAACCCAGCCUGUAUAUGAAAGAGCGCUGCCUCCUCAACAGAUUCUAGCCUUUUCUGAGCAGAAAAGCCCCCCAAACUGGAAGAUGGCGUCUGAGCUCAUCUUGCCUGAGUUCCAGAGCUUGUUGACAUUUGAAGAUGUGGCCGUGUCUUUUUCUGAGGAAGAGUGGAAAUUACUGGACCCUGCUCAGAAGAUCCUUUACAAUGAUGUCAUGCAAGAAAACUACGAGACUGUCAUCUCUCUAGGGUUAAAGCUCAAAAAUGACACUGGAAAUGACCAACCUAUAUCUGUUUCUGCAUUAGAAAUACAAGCGUCAGGACGCAAAGUGUUAAGAAAGGCCAGAAUGAAAGUUGCCCAGAAAACAACAGGCAAAGAAAAUCACGGUGCUACACGUAGGCUGCGGAAACGGCAUCGAGCUUUCCUAGGGAGGAAAAGAAAGAAACUUUCAACUUGUAAACAAGAGCUUCCAAAACAAAUGGAUCUUCACGGGAAAGGCCAUGCAGGAGAGAAACCUUUUAAGUGUCAGGAAUGUGAGAAAAGCUUCAGGGUUAGCUCUGACCUUAUUAAGCACCAGAGAAUUCACACUGAAGAGAAACCCUACAAGUGUCAACAGUGUGAUAAGAGGUUUAGAUGGAGUUCAGAUCUUAAUAAGCACUUAAUGGCACACCAAGGAAUAAAACCCUACAGAUGCUCAUGGUGUGGCAAAAGCUUCAGUCACAAUACAAAUCUACACACACACCUAAGAAUUCACACAGGGGAGAAGCCCUUUAAAUGUUAUGAAUGUGGGAAGAGAUUCAUUCAGAACUCUCACCUUAUUAAACACCAGAGAACCCACACGGGUGAGCAGCCGUAUACCUGCAGCAUAUGCAGGAGAAGCUUCAGCAGGCGGUCAAGCCUCCUCAGACACCAGAAGCUCCACAGGAGAAGGGAAUCCUGUCCAGGGUCUCCAGUCUGAAGAAAAUCACCGUACGGCUCUUGACCCCAGAGGCGAUGAAAGAGUGUAAAACUAUGAGGCACCCACGAUAAAGAAUUUGUCACCAACGGGACAUUUUGGAGGGGUACACGCCAUACGUCACAGAAAGGAGUCUAAGCUGUCUCUCUCGUUCAGCAUCGUAUCUUCAGCGCCUGGCACGAGACUG